CCGGCGUCGGUGGCCGCGGCCGGGGACGGUGUGAGAGCGGUAAGAUGGCGGCGGCGGCGGUGGUGGAGUUCCAGAGAGCUCAGUCUCUACUCAGCACCGACCGGGAGGCCUCCAUCGACAUCCUCCACUCCAUAGUGAAGCGUGACAUUCAGGAGAAUGAUGAGGAGGCAGUGCAGGUCAAAGAGCAGAGCAUCCUGGAACUGGGGUCUCUCCUGGCGAAGACUGGACAAGCUGCAGAGCUUGGAGGACUCCUGAAGUAUGUGCGACCCUUCUUGAAUUCCAUCAGCAAGGCUAAAGCAGCUCGUCUUGUCCGAUCUCUUCUCGAUCUGUUUCUUGAUAUGGAAGCAGCUACAGGGCAGGAGGUCGAGUUGUGUUUAGAAUGCAUCGAAUGGGCCAAAUCAGAGAAAAGAACUUUCUUACGCCAAGCUUUGGAGGCAAGACUGGUGUCUUUGUACUUUGAUACCAAGAGGUACCAGGAAGCAUUGCAUUUGGGUUCUCAGCUGUUGCGGGAGUUGAAAAAGAUGGAUGACAAAGCCCUUUUGGUGGAAGUACAGCUUUUAGAAAGCAAAACAUACCAUGCCCUGAGCAACUUGCCGAAAGCCCGAGCUGCCUUAACCUCUGCUCGAACCACAGCAAAUGCCAUCUACUGUCCCCCUAAAUUGCAAGCCACCUUGGAUAUGCAGUCAGGUAUUAUUCAUGCAGCAGAGGAGAAGGAUUGGAAGACUGCAUACUCAUAUUUCUAUGAGGCAUUUGAGGGUUAUGACUCCAUCGACAGCCCCAAGGCCAUCACAUCUCUGAAGUACAUGUUGCUGUGCAAAAUCAUGCUCAACACCCCAGAAGAUGUCCAGGCUCUGGUGAGCGGGAAGCUUGCACUGCGGUAUGCGGGGAGACAGACAGAAGCAUUAAAAUGUGUGGCCCAGGCCAGCAAGAACAGAUCACUCGCGGAUUUUGAAAAGGCUCUGACCGACUACCGAGCGGAGCUCCGGGAUGACCCAAUCAUCAACACGCACUUGGCCAAGUUGUAUGAUAACUUACUGGAACAGAAUCUGAUCCGAGUCAUUGAGCCUUUUUCCCGAGUACAGAUUGAACACAUAUCAAGCCUCAUCAAGCUCUCCAAGGCCGAUGUGGAAAGGAAGUUAUCACAGAUGAUUCUUGACAAGAAAUUUCAUGGGAUCUUGGACCAGGGGGAGGGUGUCUUGAUUAUUUUCGAUGAACCCCCGGUAGAUAAAACUUACGAAGCCGCUCUGGAAACAAUUCAGAACAUGAGUAAAGUAGUGGAUUCUCUCUACAACAAAGCCAAGAAGCUGACCUAGAGCUGGAUCUGUAGCGGUCCUUUGGAGAGUGUGUGUGGCGGGAGAGUGAAACCUUUGGGGAAAAUGCUAGGAGAUUCUUUUUUCUUUUUGUUCUCCUUUUCGCUCGGAAAGUUUUAAUCCUCAGUUGGUGCAUCUGUACCCAGCCGAUAGGUGGGCCAGCCUCCACGUCAUCUUUACUGGCCCACCGUGGGAGCGGGGACAUUGCUUACAAAAAACGAAAAAGAAAAAAAAAAGGUUAUUCUAAAUAAAAGGAAAAAGGCUUACACUA